AUGAUAAAACAAAGAUUAAGUGGGAGAUUAGUGAAACAUAAAUUGCGUGAAGUAUUAACAGUUGAAGUAUUGUAUCGUGGUAAAGAUAUUAUCAGACUGUCGAAGUUUUCCAAUAAUAGGUUGAUUAUUGCCCAAAUUUCAACCUACGAUAAAAGAUUGUUUGCUAGGAAUCUUGUUUGGUUGCAUGAAAUUAAAAUAACAUUCUUUCAAAUGUGGAACCUUUUGAUGUAA